CAGCCAAACAUGCAUAAUUAUGAAGUUAAAAAAGGUUAGCGCCCACGUACCUAUUUCCUUCGUCGUUCUAACAAAUCUCACACAUUUCCCGAGAGAAAAAGCUAGCACAAUCGUCGGUGAGGACUCGCCGGAAGUUACAGAGCUUCAAUGAGUUGCUGCCGUCAGUCUCCGGCAAUGUGUAGGCCACUCGCUUUCAGUUCCUUACUAGCCGUACUUGCUCUACAAACGGUCGCAGUAGCUCUGGUUGCUGCUCAAGGAUCUAGUGGUGGCAGUCCAUGGCAGACACUGAGCGGGAAUCCGCCUUUAGUUAUAGCACGUGGUGGAUUUUCUGGAUUAUUUCCAGAUUCUAGCUUUAAUGCUUACGGUUUGACAAUGCUUACCAGUGUACCAGAUGUAGUCUUGUGGUGUGAUGUACAACUGACCAAAGAUGGAGUUGGGAUUUGUGCUCCUAAUGUGAACAUAAAAAAUUCUACCGGCAUUGAACAAGUGUUCAAAGAUCAAGCAAAGUCUUACCUGGUUAACGGGGUGCCUACGCAAGGAUAUUUUUCUGUGGAUUACACCAUGAAUGACCUUGCAAAUGUAUCUUUAAUUCAAGGAAUUUUCUCUCGAUCGGAUAAAUUUGACGGCAACAGAUUUCCAAUUCUCACUGUUGAGGAUGUGGCUGGGCAAAUGAAGCCACAGGGAUUUUGGUUGAAUAUUCAGCAUGAUGCAUUCUUCACUCAGCAUAAUUUGAGUAUGAGAAGUUAUGUUCUCUCUGUCUCUAGGAGAGUGGUUGUUAACUAUAUUUCAUCACCAGAAGUGGGGUUCUUGAGGAGUAUUGCAUCACGUUUUAACCCUAGAAUUACAAAGCUGGUGUUCCGGUUUCUAGGGCCAAAUGAAGUUGAACCUUCAACCAACCAGACUUAUGAUACUCUAUUAAACAAUCUAACAUUUAUCAAGACAUUUUCCUCUGGAAUUCUUAUCCCAAAGUAUUACAUAUGGCCGGUAGAUGCAAGUCUUUACAUCCAACCUUACACCCCUGUUGUCUUGAAUGCUCACAAAGAAGGGCUAGAAGUCUUUGCAUCAGAUUUUGCGAAUGACUUGACAUUAAGCUAUAAUUACAGUUACGAUCCAGCAUCCGAGUAUCUAUCUUACAUUGAUAAUGGUGACUUCUCUGUGGAUGGGGUGCUGUCUGAUUUCCCAAUAACUCCUUCCGUAGCUAGAGAUUGUUUUUCUCAUCAAGGCAAGAAUGCUUCUGAACAAGUGAACCUUUUGGUUAUAUCAAAAAAUGGUGCAAGUGGAGACUAUCCUGGCUGUACUGACCUGGCUUACCAGAAGGCUGUUUCAGAUGGUGUUGAUGUUAUCGACUGUCCUGUUCAAAUGUCAAAGGAUGGAAUACCAUUUUGCCUAGGCUCUAUAAAUCUCGGUGAUGCCACAAAUGUGUUACAGUCAAAUUUCACCACACUGUCAUCUACAAUUCCGGAGAUUCAGCCUGGUAGUGGAAUAUUUUCCUUUAGCCUAUCAUGGAGUCAGAUACAGAGCUUGUCACCGAUCAUAUCAAACCCACAUAAAAAUUAUAGCUUGUUCCGGAAUCCCAAGUUCAGAGAUGCAGGGAAGUUUCUGACAUUGUCUGAUUUCUUGGCAUUGGCAAAGAAUUCAAACUCUCUUUCUGGCAUCUUGAUUAGCAUUGAGAACGCAGCCUAUCUUAUAGAGAAGCAUGAUUUACGGGUGACUGAUGCAGUACUUGACACCUUAAGCAAAAGUGGUUAUGCUAAUGAGACAUCUAUCAAAGUUAUGAUCCAGUCCACCAGCAGCUCUGUUCUAAAGAACCUUACCGAGAAAAGUGAUUAUGAGCUCGUUUACAAGGUUGAUGAAAAUAUUCGUGAUGCCACUGAUGCAACCGUUGAGGACAUCAAGAAGUUUGCUAAUUCUGUGGUUGUUGGCAAAACCUCUGUCUUCCCUGAGAGUCGGUCAUUCAUUAUUGGUCAGACAAACACUGUGGAGAAGCUACAGUCAUUUAAGCUCCCUGUUUACGUUGAAACUUUCCAAAAUGAGUUCGUAUCUCAAGCUUGGGAUUUCUACUCAGAUGCAACUGUUGAGAUCAAUUCAUAUGUUGAAGGAGCUGGUAUUAAUGGUGUUAUCACUGAAUUUCCUCUGACAUCUGCUAGAUACAAAAGAAACAGGUGUUUGGGCAGCAAAACCCUUCCUAAUUACAUGAGUCCUGUUGAACCUGGUGGUCUCAUGCAAGUGAUUGCAUUAGCAUCCAUGCCACCAGCUGAGGCUCCCAAUCCAGUGCUCACAGAAAAAGAUGUUACGGAACCGCCUUUGCCAUCUUAUGAAGCCCCAACAUCCAGCCUAGGCGGAGGUGGACCAGUAGCUCCUACACCACCGAACCGACAACCCAAGACAACAACAUGCUUGUUCAGUUCAAAUUUUGCAUUGCUCCUCUCCACUCUGUUACUAUUUUUGAAACUGUAACAUGGUCACACGCUGCUACCUGCAGUCAUUCUGUGCCUUUGAGCUUCUGCUCUACGACUACCCACCCACGGCUGAUUCAUUUUUUUCAUUCUUCUUGUAGCAUCAAAUUCUAUCACUUUUGCUGUUGUAGGCAAUCUUCGUUCUUCCCUAUGUAUUUUGAGAACACCAGAUCUGGAGAGGUAUAUAUAUGUGCGUGGUUAUUCCUUUGUGGGUAAUACUAAUGACACAGAAUUGAAGGCACCUGAGGUGCGGCCCCUGUA